CUCUCACUAGAUUCAAACUAAAAUGGUGAUCGGUUCUCGUGCUUUGAUUGGUCUAACAAUGAUCCUUGUGAUCUCAGGAACACUACCAGUUCCAGGGCAAGGAACGUGCCAAGGAGACAUCGAAGGUCUGAUGAAAGAAUGCGCCGUCUACGUGCAGCGUCCAGGCCCAAAGGUAAACCCGUCCGAAGCGUGCUGCAGAGUGGUUAAGAGAUCAGACAUCCCUUGCGCAUGUGGCCGUAUCACAGCUUCGGUGCAACAAAUGAUAGACAUGGAUAAGGUUGUUCAUGUCACUGCCUUUUGUGGGAAGCCUCUCGCUCAUGGUACCAAGUGUGGAAGUUACGUUGUGCCAUGAGAUUUGGGACCAGAACUUGAGAGCUAAGGGUUUGAAAUGUACUCUUGUAAUCUCUAAUAUGUUGAAUGAAAUAAAUUUAUUUUCCUUGUUUAA